AUUUAGUUCCAUUUAGUACCAAAAAUCUGUUUCGUUUGAGAAGGCGCUAGUACUUGGGGAACACGAAAAACGCGAGCAUCGGCUCUGAGACUUUUCCCUUAUGUUGAUGUUCGUUUCAACGACGGCGCGCCGAUCGUUUUUAAAUACUAAAUAUACGUUAAAAAACAGGGAUAGAGUUAAUGAUUGUUCUUAAAGACCAAUCUUACAGAACGGAGCAGGCGAGGACGCGGCAAUCCAUCAUCUAUUCAGUAGUUGUAAGGGGCCGGAAGCAAGAAGAGAGAGAGAGAGAGAGCAAGAACAACUUCGCGGCUGGUCACUGCGAAAACGUUUGAUAGGCGCGAAUAAAGGAUUUGGAAUGACAUGUGCGAGGUAAUCGAUGAUGGCCAAGGUGAGCAGGCCCCAAUCCAAGAAGAUGAUGCGUUGGAAAAAAUCUUUUCGGAAUGCGAUGGACCGUCAAAUGGCAAAGUUGCAGUUGCGAAGCUCAUGGAUUACAUGUACAAUCAAAUGUCUGCGCACGGCAGCCCGGAAAUUCUCAAUGAUCUUCGUAAAUCGAUGUGCGCUAUAUCUUACAACGGCGAAGUAACCCGACAGCAAUAUUAUGACGUUUCACGAUCCUGGCUGGCGAAAAUACGCAAAGAUCAAGAUCAUCAUGAAAACCAUCAAGACGGUAACAAUAAUCUUCGCAUCGAUGAAAGCAGUCGAGCUACAAGUCAACUCACCGGAUGUGGCGACGAUGCAACGGUUUCGUCUGAGUCGGGACCAGACACCGCGUCAACCCUCCAUGGAUUCCUUGAACUCUCCACGAGCACCGUCGCUGAUACAUCAAGAAGAUGCAAGAACGAGGACAGUUUCUUCGGGGAUUUAUCCGCUGUUAGCGGUAAUUGGUACUUAGUAACGGACAAUCCUCUUUGCGAGACGACACGAGAUCUACAGCUGCGGGUGCAGAGGUGCACAGUGGAGAAUGACCACCUCAAGGAGGAACUGCAACGCUCCGAAGAUUCGAUAGCACUGUUGGAAAGGCAGCUGAACAUGACUCGCAGGAAAUUGGAAUUGGCUAACGAAAAGUGCGUUAGGCUGCAGCUGGAAGACGAAGAACAUCACACCGAACUCGCCAAAGCCGAGAGGGACCGCCAGGCUCUCCGAGCAAGAAAUCAACAUCUUGAGAGGGAAAAUUUCCGGACAGGCAGGGAACUCGAUGAUGCUGUUACGGAGGUGGAACGGUUGAGGUUGGAAUUGGAUAAGUUUAACGAGCAGAAAGAAGAGCGUGCUAAGCUGCUUGGUCACUAUAGGCAGGAAUUGCAACAGGUACAGAAAUUGUACGAGAGAGCGAAACAGGAUAUUUCACAGAUGGACUUAGCUAACUGUCAACUUAAAGAUGAAAACCAAGUUUCUACGAGGACUAUUGAGCACCUGAAGACUAUUGUGAAAGAGUUGGAGACCCGAGUUUCCGAAUUACAAACGGACAGAGACGAUAUAUCACAUAGCGAACAGUCAUCCGCAAGACCAGUCUUUAAAAAUGAGCUAGGCUGUGAUUUGGAUUCUUCACACUAUUCGGGAAGAAUAAUCCCGCAGUCUCUGUGCGAGGAAAUGAAGGCUUCGGGACUCGAUGGUCCGGAUAUCGGUCUGAAGAAUAAAAUCGAAACUUGGGACGAAAAAAUAAACGACCAGGAUAUCACCGAAUGCUACAGCGUUGUACGCGGGGCUGUGAAGCAGCUGGAAAGAGUUCUGGACAGAGUCAUAGAAGCGUGUAACGUGGUGGAAGCAAGAACAGUACCUGCCUGCAACCCCCCGCUUGUCUUUGGAGGAAUAGUUGCAGCUGGGAACGAGGAGUGUCGUUCUAGCAUCGAGGAGUUGCGGAUAUUAGAAUCCGAAAUACGUCGAAUGCUGUCAAUAUUGCCUAUUUCUACGGUCUCGCGCAAGGUCGUCAGUGCCAUCACCAAAGCGGCAGAUCCCGCGACUCGAGUUGAUGUACUCGAACCUGAUUCAACGCCAGUUUGCGAUAUUCGUCGAGACAUUUACACGGGCUCCAUUAACCACGACUUCUCUGCAACUUGGGGAACGGAAAAACAUCCGCACAAGGAAAAGGAAAAAAGGGUCGCAUCGCCAGCCGAGGUAAAAGCUCAAGUUGCGUAUGCAGCGGCCAGCACUCCUCAUUCUUCACCGUUGCCGUGCAGCUCGAGGCGAUCCUCCGGCUUUGGAGUUUGCGAAGAGGCGAUAAUCGAACCCAUCGUCGCUGCCUUAGAUGAGAUCAUUAGAAGUUCCGGCUGCGGCAACGAAGAUUCCGAUCCAUCACACAGCUCUACAAGACCCCUGCGGGAGCGUAAUUCCAGGUACGUUCAAUCUCCACCGUCGCGUCGACUGUUUGAAUGCGAUGGCUCACCGAUCUCGAAUGAUGUUGAAUCUCCCCCGUCGCUGCUAACCCCUGAUGCUGGGUCAAGACUGUCGAAUGUGUGUGUCACGGGCUGGUCUGAGUCGGGAUCAGAGUCCAACCGCGGUUUUUUCGAGACUUGCGCCUGGAGAUGUCAGGAGCCAGACGUUAUGGACGAUUCUUCCGACGACAAGGAGAGCAGUUUGAGAUAUAGCAAGGGUAAAGCACGUAUCACGGUACCGUGGGUGGACCCUGCAACUUUACAUACGACGGACAGUAGAGACCCGUCACCGUUAACGAUAACUAGAGCGGACACGACUCCCGGAACGUAUGGCACAGAGCUUACCUUGGCCUCGAUCCAAUAUUCAGUGGCCGGUUCUGGGUCUUCGAGACGCGAAGAUCACGGCUGCGACGUUGUGGAAGAUUUGAAUUUCGACUUGGAGAAACUGACUCUGAGAACACCAUCGAGCAGCGAACGACACUCUAUGGAAGUGAAGUCGGUUGGGAAUUUUCAGCCGCAUGACAACAAACCGAAACGAAAAUCGUCGGUGUACCAUCAGUUCUUCGAUCCCGGUAUGCUUGACGCAGCUCGAGAUACCUCCGUAAGAAGAUCCGCGAGUUCUUUAAGGGUGCGAAAAUACACACGUUCGGAUAGAGGCACGAAACGCAAUAAAUUACUGUCAAGACCGUCAAACAUACUUGCUGAAUCGUUGAUAAGCGACUCCGAGACAUUUGGCAAAAACUUGAGCAGGACAGAACCGGAAGACAUGGAUAAUGUACGAUCUUCUUUCUGCAUCCCGAUUGGUCAUCAGGCUUCUACAGGAAGAAACGACGACAUUUUGAUCACGUCUAGCAGUGACGACGGUGGCCAGGUGCAGAGUGCACCAGCGGUGAUGGCGUCGGCUGAAACAAAAUGCAACGUUUCUUCGACGAUACCGCAACGUGGUAGUUUCAUCUUCGACUCUGCACAGUAUAACAGAACCGAUGAUUCAUACGCGAGGAUCGAUUCCAUUUCAGGAACGGCAGAAUCUCCUGUCGAUACAUUGUCCUUAACUAGUCGAAAAACAAGCGUGGUAUCGGAGAAUGAGGAUGACAAUCCGGUAGAGUCGAGAACGUCUCAUUGUGAGACAGCACGCUGCACGGAACCAGACGAAACGGUCGAACCACCGCAGGAUAUGGAUGUAACUGAACCCUCCGGACCGUCCUACGUUUCCAUCUCGGACGUGGAUGUUCCGAUUGCAGAAAGUGGACGAGUUCCUUGGAGAAUCGAACGUCAAGAGUCACACACAGUACUUGAAUCGAUGUUGCCGGAGAAGCCUAGCAAGUCGGAAGCAAGCCUUGGGAGCUGCCUGACCAAGAACGUAGUUAUGGACGCUCGGAGCUUCCAGCUGCAGACACCAACAUUUUGCCCCUCCAACCACGAGAUACCCGGUGACGUUGUUUUAGCCAACGGCGAGCGAGGGCGUAGCGACGAUUGCGAAAUAUCGCCCCGAUCCAGGUCAGUUGAGCGCGCGAUGUCCAGCGAGGAAGAUAGUUCGGAUUCAGAGUGCGCCCGUGACCGGAUUGACUGCGACGAUAACGUACAGGUGGUCCUACCACCACGACCAUCACCGCCACCGUUGUUAUCGCAAAUUCGACCGCACCAACCGCCGCAGACGGAGGCGGCGUCCUCGAACCCUUGCGGUCCAAAUGUCAUUUCCGCUUUUGCAUUCCAAGAGCCACCACCAUACAGAGAUACAACGGAGAAUAAAGGCGUCGAAGAAUCGGGGGAAAAUCAUAAUCAUCGACUUAAGAAAACUGAACGAUUGCGCCGUUCGCUAUCCGAGGGUGAUAACAGCACUUGCCGUGAAAGCAUCCGAUGCAGAUGCAGCUGCGACUGUAGCGAGGCUCAGAGUAGAAUACUUGGUGCCCAAGGUGGAACUGGGGACACUCUUGAGGGAUGCGAACACCAACUGAAUCUGGGAGCAUUUCCUAAUUUACCGGAUGCUCGUCUGAUCGAGCUUGGACUAUCGGAUCCUCCCUAUGGCCAUGAACUUUGCGAGCGCAUAAGCGAGGAUGAACUCGAGCGAAAAUAUACGGCGCUUUCGAUUGGAUUGGGCACUGACAGAGCAACCUUGCUACGGAGGUUGGCACUCAGUUUACGGCAAAGAGACCAGGCUGAGCGCAAUCUUGCUACGGAAGUUGGAAAGAUGCAACGUGACAUUCAGGCCCUCGCCCCGCUGUGCGUGGAUCGAGAAUCUGUAGAGCGAGUCGAGCGAGUCAGACACCAGUUGGAGAUGAUUUCGCGAUGUGCCCUAAGAGUAUCUUGCACGGCUGAGCUCCUUGGCGCUACGCAUCAGGAGCGUCGAGUUUCCAGGGCAGCUCUCCUUGCCGAUAGGUAUCUACAGGCUUUACGGGCCAGGUGUGACAAACUUGGCGCCGAGCUCGCAGAGACAAAGCGCAUCCUGAUAGAUAACAACAUUGUUGUUGAGGAGAAUCCGAGUGAACUCAUCGACGACGGUGUUCCCCGGGUCCGGUAUCGCGGGAUACCGCCUGCCAGCCGUACGGCAACGGUGUCUAGGAGAAGGGCCAGCAUCGCAACGAUAUCUCGACCCGCAACGGUUAAUUCCCUGCAAGAGGCAUUAACAAAGGCAACGCCUCAUCAUAUAGUGGCGAAUCCGACUCGUUGCACUCAGUGCCUACCGAUCGAUAAUGUGAGACAGCAGCGUGUCUCUAUAUCCGGUAGAAUGACAUUGAGGCGGCCUUCGCUCAGUUACGACACGCAGAGGUGGGACGAGAAAUUGGAUAGAACCGACAGCAGUUCAAGCAGCAUCGGAGAGCUGAGAGAAAUAUUCGAGCAGGCUGAGUCAAGGCGCGGUUCGAAGGAAGAAAAUAACAAUUUGAUUCGCCGACAAUUGAACAACUUCAGCGUCGGUAAUUGCGAAAGUGGUGAUUUUGAUACGUUUGCAAGUACCAGGGGAGAUUCAACCAUUUGUCAAGCUCAAGUCAGAGACGAGGAAUUACUAACUGAAAACAUAACACCGCGCCAGAGAUUGCCUCGACUCUUCGGAAUUUUGUGGGAUCAAGUUUCUCGCCUCCCUCUAUUUUGGUACAUUUUAUUUGUUGCGGUAUUUUUUUUCGGUUUCUACAGCAACCGGUACGUAACCACAAGAUACAUGGCGCCUUUGAAGUGGUGGUCGAUCGAAGAAAUAUUCCAAAGAUACGGCUACAUUCGGCGUAACCUGCCACCACCACCUGUCUGAUCUGACUUCUUUUAUUGUAUUUGUAUAAUACCGACAAUAUGGUUCAAUUGAAUCCGGUUGAUAGAUUGGAUUACAUCGUGUCCAUGACGUUCGUUCUUAGAUACGGGGAAGGUACCGCAAGUGCUUUGAAUUUUGCGACCUAGCAUAUAUUUCUAUAUUAUCUAUAAUAUUAUUUUGUGCAGUAACAUUUAUAUAAAUUACGGUAGAUUGGUCAGCAAUAAAGUAUUCUGUCUACAGUAUAA